AUGCGGGGACUUGAUUUAUCUUUAGACAGCUCGGAGGCAUAUGACAAUAUUUAUCUUCAGUCAUGGCAUGAUGCGUUGGCCGAAUGUGAGAAGAAACUCGAAAGGCAGGACCACCAACGUGCAUUGCAGAUCAAAACUCUCCAAGACUUCCGCAAUGAAUUAAACCACCUUCUGGAGCAGUGCUCCGAGGAACGAUCAAGAAGAGCUGUGCUAUUGCUGUAUCCUACCCUCGAUGAUUUCGAGACCUUUGCACAGAAUUUCGUGAGAAUGAUGUUAAGGCCUGUUGAUACAUCCAUGAUGUGGGGGUUACUAUUUCUAGUCCUCAAGCUCGCUCUCUUGGACCAGGGUCCUGUCGGCCCUCUUCAAUAUAUUACGCGUUGGCUUGAGAAGAUCGGUCAUCGUCUUCGAGACUCAAACGAUUGCAACAAGAAUAUCAAUGAUUUUAUGAAAGUAAAAGGGGACACUGUGGAAGUCAACAAAGAGAUUAUGACUCUUUGGAUUAACAUCAUCAUGAUGUUCAGAAAUCAGGAUCAGGGCUUGGAAGCCGGCCUUGAUGAAUAUUCCUGGAAGAGUCUGACAGUCUUGUAUACUUCCACUUACAGAAACAUCGAGGAUGCUGUCAAACGCAUCGAAAAGGUAGCAACCAUGGCCGAGAAGAAUGCCCGUGCGAUACAGGAAAUGACACUGUUCCAGCGUUUGUUGUCCCUCGAACAGUCAAGCCAGGACGGGGCAUCUUUGCCGUGCAACACACUCCCUGUUGCCGAAAAUCAGCGUUUCUUUGGCCGAAGGGACGUAUUAGCCCAGAUUGACGACCAUUUGAAGCCUACGGAUACUGCCAGCCGACUUGCUUCUGUUGCCCUAUAUGGGUUAGGUGGAAUUGGCAAGACUCAGACUGCUCUAGCUUACGCUUACCAGAAGCUAAGUAGCCUCGAUGCAGUAUUUUGGAUAUCUGCAGAAGAUCAGCAUUCAAUCCAACAGUACUUCAGCCGUGUGGCAACAGAUGCUCUCAAGCUACGGAAAGCGAAACCUCAGGCAUAUACCGAGAAUAUGAUUCUCGUGCUAGAUUGGCUUCAAAAGACGUCUAUCUACAUGAAGCACGGACAACAGCUCCAUACCAAGAGAAAGAGCGGGUGGAAGUAUCUGGGUUAUGAACAUUCACUAGACACUGUAUGGGACAUGUCGUUUAGAAAUCUCGGGAUUGAGGCACGAGCCUGUCUUGGGGUCCUGAGCUUCCUCUCUGCCGACUCUAUCCCGUCAGAGAUAUUUCUUUCCAGCAAACCUGAUCGCCUGCCCGAAUUAUUAUCCUUUUGCGCGGACGAGCUUGAACUUGACGAGGCCAUUGAAAGCCUAACCCACCAUGCGCUGGUCAGGAAGAAUAUCGAGAAGGGCACAUUUCGGGUUCACCGGCUGGUUCAGGCAGAGUUUCGGCUCCGAACGGAAAACAAGCAAGAGCAUUUCGAGGCUGCCAUCCAACUUCUCCUUGAAAAGUUUCCAUCACAACGUGAGAAGAACUUUGGUAACAAGUUUUGGAUUCUUUAUGAGAAGUAUUUGCCCCAGGUUUUGGCUUUGGUCAAAAACUACAAUAGUUCUCAGGGAAAGCCAGACCCUUUACGACCAACCAAAAGUUUCGUGAUUCUUCUCACCAACUCUGCCAACUCAAUUGACGACAAUGACACCCUGAGGAUUGCGCCCGAGCUGGUCGAGACCGCUGAUGCAGCCUAUCGCAACUGCCCUGAGGAGGACAAAGAUAGACUUCUCUGGGCAUUCUUGCUUACCUUGAAGGCAAUUCAUCACUCUAAUACCUCUGAGUUUUCCAGUUCCGAGUUGGAGAGGAGAGAGUGUCUGGAAAUCCGGCAAAAGAUGCUCCCUCCCAACGAUUUGUUAGUUGCACUGGCUUACAACGGAGUUGGUCUCGCUCUUGGCUGCCAAGACCGAUUCGAAGAGGCCGAGCAGCAGUUCGUCAAGUCCGGAGAAAUCUUCGACGGCCCAGCGGGCGAAGUAGUCUCGAGAAGACUUCAAUGGAAGUAUAAUAUGGCACGCAAUAAUUACUGCAUGGGAAAGUACGGAGAAGCCGAAAUUCGGUUGGAGGAAGGUCUCGCCCUCGCCAAGGAACUUCAGGGCUGGUACAUGAUAGCUUAUGGCCAUCUUGCUUUUGCUUCUUUGUACACACGAACGGAGAGGCUCCAUCACGCGAGCGAGCAUGUCGAUUGUGCCGAGCAAUUGAUACAGACCUCUGGAGCAGCGGCACGCUUUAGUUGGCUUGGUUCCUACUGUGCCUACCGUGCCGGUGAUAUUGCUCUCAGGCAGGGCCUAUCCGAAAGGGCGAUGUGA